AUGUCUGCUCGAAAGCUUCAGCCAUCGGGGACAUCGCCUCCUCACCCUUCCACAACGUUCCACCACUCCGCGCAGACCUCAUCUUCAGAGGAAGAAGGUACUGAGGGAGAUGAGGAGAGUUCAAUGGAAGAAUUUUUAUUUCCUCGAGAGGAAGAGAGCCCGGAGGAAGACCAGUACCUGGAGGAGGAGGAAAAUUAUCUGAAAGGAAAGACGUAUCUGUAUGAAAAGGAGUAUCUGAAGGAGGAAAAGCAUCUACAGAAGAAAGAGCUGCUGGAAGGAAAAAUGUUUCUGUAUGAAAAGUUUCUGGAAGAGGGUGAGUAUCUGGGGAGAAAUGUCCCCAUAGAUGAAGUGGCACAAAUCUGCCUGGAACUCCCACCGACGCUGAAGGGAGAACAGCUUCCCGGCGGUGCCUUCUGGCUGGAACAAGCCGCCUCCUCCUCUUUUCCUCAACUCUUCGCCCCCAGCCUCAGACUGCGGCCCCUCUGCCCCCGAUCCCUGCAUCAGGGAACGCUGACCCCGACAGGGAACAGCAGCAGCCUUGUCCUCGGUGACACGACGCCGUCUACAUCCUUGGUGAAGCGCGAUGGAGAGUUCCUGGGCUUGCAGGACCAGAGCACGCAGACGGAGUGGAUCUGUGAAAGCCGGCAGGCCGAGGAGUUUGCCUCUAAAGAGAGCUUUUGGGAUCGUAUGUUAAGUGAUCCCAUUGGCACACUGGAAGCCGACGACUUCGAAGCCAAUGUUGUGACCAGCUCCUAUCAGUCAGUGUUCAGGACCAUGCUCAAAGAAAUGGCAGCUCGCAAUGAACUGGAGGAGGAUAUGAACAUUCCCCUGACUGGUCAUCUGGAGAGUGAGACCAGAAGGAAACUGGGAAUUCUGCUGAAGAAAAAUUUUGGAAAAUAUAAGGAAACAAUCCUCUGGAUUAUGAAGAAACGUGAAAAGACAUCUCGCCUGGUGAAAAGAAGUGGGCGAUCACUACACAGCUCGUGUCAUGAGCCAUCAGAACCCAAAGCUCCCCGUGUGGAGGACACAGGUCUGUUGCCCUCCUAUGGGGCAGCAGGCUCCGUGCAGCGUCACUGCAGGGUACAUCAAGGUGACGGAAAAAUCAUUCUCUACCCCAGUGAGACUGUCUUCCAAAUUCUCUUUCCUGAUGGAUCAGGCCAGAUAUAUUAUCCAUCAGGACACCUGGCUAUGCUCAUCCUCAGUAUAAAAGAGGGAAAGUUCACAUACAUCAUUCUGGAAGACAGUGAAAAUAUGUGUGUCCGGGCCCUUAUCAACAACUCUGGCCAUGCCACCUUCUAUGAUGAAAAUGGAAACAUCUGGUUGAACCUGAGCCAAAACCUGGGAUACUACUUCGCCAGAGACAAGUACCAGAAGGCCUGGAACUGGUGGGAUCUGAACCUGCACAUCCAUGCGCCCCCCGUCCAGCCCAUCUCCUUGAAAAUCAACCAGUACAUCAAGGUACAAAUAAGGAGCCAGGAUAAGAUCAUCUUCCGCUUCAACCACAAAAAGAAGCACAUUUGCUUAAACCUAGGCACCAAGUACAAGUACAUUACCCCGGCGAUGCUGAGCAAAAUGAAGAAGAAAGCAGUCCUGGAGAUGGAAUUCAGUUCAACGGCUCGGAAGAUCCAGAUCCUUCUGGGAAAAAUGAGUAAGAUCCUGAAUAUACUGACCAUCUCUGACUUGGAAUGCUUCAUACAGGGCAUCAAGAUCUUGCCAACAAGACAAUAUGAGUUGGAGGAGGAACUCUCAUCUUCCAAGCUGGGGCAGUCACCAAAUUGUGCUGCUUCGGCACGUGCUGAAUGUUUGGGCGAGGUGGAGGUGUCCAAAGCCCCGAGGAAACUUCCAAAGCCCUAG